UAGCUGAACGUGUGCAACAAGCCUGGCUGAGUACCUGCGAGCGCCAUGGCCCCAGGAGCUGUGUGCAUACGGCUCUUGUCAUCAGGCCGUCCUAUCCUUUCUGGAAUUUGAUGUUAGAGGAUUUCAUAUAUAUCUGCCACCUAUGUCUUGGACUUGAUUCUUCCCACCUUGUAUUGGUUCCUGGGUCUUCAUACUCCCUUGAGCUGUAAAGGAGUUGUUUUCCCUUAAUAUUCAUUUCUCUUUCAUAGCAUCCAUCUUCUAUCAUACUGACUGUCGUUUAACCAUGUUGCUCCAGAGGAUAUCUCUUUGGCUGUCCCUUGGAUCCCUUUCUCUCGCUGGUGUUAUACCCCGAGAUGCUGCUCAAUUGGAAUCCAAUUCAGUGCUUCUAGAAAGACAGGACGGUGCUUGCACAAACGGUCCUCUAACAAGACAAUGCUGGAGCAGCGGCUUCAGUAUAUCGACCGAUUUCGAUGCUAAAGCGCCACCUGCUGGAAAGACUGUCACUUACGACUUGGACAUUUCAAAUACGACAAUAAAUGCGGAUGGGCAUGGUGAUAAGCCAGUAAUGCUUAUUAACGGCAAAUAUCCCGGUCCUGUCAUUCGAGCAUCUUGGGGUGAUACUUUGGUAAUCAAUGUGCACAACUCGUUACAAGACAACGGAACUGGGAUUCAUUGGCAUGGUGUUAGACAGUUGGGCUCUUGUCAGCAUGACGGGGUCCCUGGCGUUACUGAAUGCCCAAUUGCUCCGGGCAAGACUCGUCAAUACGUGUUCAAGUGCACACAAUUUGGGACGACAUGGUAUCACAGCCACUGGAGUGCGCAAUACGGAGCGGGCGUGGUUGGCACACUCAUCAUUGACGGUCCAGCAACUGCGAACUACGAUUUUGAUCUAGGCACCCUCCCAAUCACAGAUUGGUACUACAAACCAGCGUUCGAACUGAAUGAACAGGCACUGCACUCUCUAACGGGACCACCCCUUCCAGACAACAUCCUUGUCAACGGAACCCAUAAAAACGCCAACGGAGGCGGCAGUUACUACAAGAUCAACGUCACAAAGGGCAAAAAGUACCGAAUUCGGCUUAUAAACACGGCAGUUGAUUCGCACUUCCAUGUGUCUUUCGACGGUCAUCCAUUCACAGUCAUUACCUCUGAUUUUGUCCCCAUUAAGCCUUACGUCACCGACCAAUUAGCUAUAAAUAUCGGCCAGCGAUACGAUGUUGUCAUAAACGCCAAUCAAACAGCAGGAAAUUAUUGGUUCCGUGUUGGCUACGGUACAGCCUGCAGCAACAACAACAUUCUGAGCUCGAACAUACAGCUCGGCGCCAUCUUGCAUUAUUCAGGCGCCCCGGAUGCGGAGCCUACGACAAGUGGGGUGACAUUGAAAACAGAUUGCGAUGACGAAACUACUUUGACUCCAUUUGUGCCAAAUACCGUGCCCACAUCUGUUGUACCUUCAGCUGGAGAGCUUGACUUGAACCACAAUAUCGAUGCCGCCCAAAACAACCUCUUCACGUGGACCAUUGAUGGCACCACGCAGAUCGUCAAUUGGAACCAGCCAACCCUGAAGACGAUUUUGAAUGCCGGAAAUGACUUUGGAAACAACUCCAAUGUCCAUGAGAUGACGACCUCUGGCAGCUGGUAUCUGUGGUGGGUCCAGACUACAACCUUCAUUGCCUUGCCCCAUCCUAUCCAUCUCCACGGCCAUGAUUUCUACAUUGUUGGCAAGGGAUCAGGGACGUGGGAUGGCUCGACUACAGGCCUUACCUUCAAUAAUCCAACACGUCGAGAUGUCGCCACGCUGCCGGCUGGCGGGUAUCUGCUGUUGGCUUUCCCGGCCGACAAUCCGGGAAUCUGGGUGAUGCAUUGCCAUAUCGCCUGGCACGCGUCCCAAGGUCUCUCAGUCCAAUUCCUCGAAAGCCGGGGCUCGAUUGGGGGCGCCAUAGGAAACGUAGAUGGCUUUAACCAGGGCUGUACCGAGUGGGGUAAUUACUGGAAACCCGGUAAUCAUCCUUAUGAGCAGACGGACUCAGGUAUCUGAGCUGGUUUUUUCUCUUUUCUGGGCUGCAUAUUGGUCACGGAGUUUAGUGGUGUGAAUGAAUAUCCAAGCCGUUCAUGCGUGUAUGCAUGUAGGUUAGGCGAUUUUGAGAUUUAAG